AUGGAAUGUAUACGAGAUCUGAUGAGUUUUAUAGAGCAUAUGUUGGACCACGUUAGUCAACAGUUUAAACCUGCUUCGCCUGCUUCAGGGGAUCGCCUUGAGUCGCUGCUAAAAGACGCCACUGAAUGCACGGUGGACAGCAAAAAACUAUUGGCUAGGGAUGUGGAAGGGUAUGAUUUGAGCGGUGUUGUGACACUCUUCAACGAGUCUGCAGUAUCCACAAAGGAAAAUUUCGACUUGCUGUUUACGGAUAUUGCGGACUAUGACUUGAGUGGUGUUGCAGUGCUCUUCAAGGAGUCUGUGGAAGCCACAAAGAACGUGGCGAAUGUGCUGUCGAAGGACUUUGUAGAGUACGAUUUGAAAGGUGUUAGAGCACUUUUCAGAGAGGCUCCAAAAUCCUCAGAGGAAAUGGGGAGUGUGUUGUCGAAGGACUUUGUAGAGUGCGAUUUGAAAGGUGUUAGAGAACUUUUCAAUCUGCUUGCAAAUUCUUCCAUGGAAAAUGAUGCACAGUUGUUGGAGGUUGUAGAUAAUGAACUCAAUAGGAUUUUCUACUUGUUUUUGGAAAACACGGUACUGUGCGAUGAGAAACAUCCUCCAAGCAUCCUAUAA